UACUGCCUUAGAAAGACUUGUUUGGGCGCCCCCUACACAACACACACACACACACACACACACACACACACACACACACACACCACAACAUGUUCUAUAAUCACAAAGCACACCACUUGCAUACAGCACACAACACAUACAGUCCACACAAAUACAGUGUUAACAUACACGUUCUUAUAAGAGCAAAUGGCUAACGUGCUUGUUAGAGUGUGCAAAGAUGAGAGGGUGAACACACAUGUUCACAAAUGUCAACUUAUUUCCAAAGUUAGAAACUAGCUGUUCCAUGGAAAAUGGAAGGCCUCCCGAUCCUGCAGACUGGGCUGUGAUGGACGUCGUCAAUUAUUUCCGAACAGCAGGAUUUGAGGAGCAAGCCAGUGCUUUUCAGGAACAGGCACAGAACGAGCUGCCUGUAACCAGUUCCCAGCAUCUUCUAGGUUGCUACUCUGGAGACCUCUCACCUGACCCACACAGGCUGAUGAGGACGUUCGACUUGGAUCUCACAACAGUGGAAAGAAGGCUGGACAUUGAUUAUAUUCAGCAAAUGCUUACGUUGAAAUGUCUAUGUGUCAGACACAAACAUUACUGUGAUUUUUGCAGCUACUUCGUAACUGUAAUUUUGAUACUGUUGUGAAUUGUAAUGUAAAGAUCUGUGUCCCCAAUGGUCUUAGACAAGCCCUGUGAAGGUGUCAUUUGACUGGGGGGCAUCAUGCCUCACAGGUUGAGAACUACUGGUCUAUUACAAGGUGGAACCAGGAUGUUAGUUGAGUUUUCCUGACCGGUAGCCACACCCUUGCUAUGACUUGGAUGAGUGUCUCCAAAGCUAUUUGAUCCCAGGGUGGUUGGUAUACUGGGAGUCAAUGAAGCCUUGCAGAGCAGUGGCCCUGUGGGACAUUCCUAGGUCACUGGGGCAUACUCUUCAGACAGAUUACAGGAGCACAGAUUUUUUUCCUCUUUGCUUCUGGGCUGUGGCACUCAUUCCUGUGUGCUUCCCCUUGUGAAGAUGUACCAGCCCUGCGAGGGGUCCAGAGGAGAGAGGCCAUCUGAGAUCUCUAAAAGCUUCAGGAAAUAAAUGUUUUCUCUUUUACAGUU